GCUGGGGGGGGGGGGGAGGCAUUUAGCUGCACAGGUAGCAGAACUAGGACCCUCUUUAGCUCCAAUGGCAGGUUUGGGAGGAGGCGGGAGCCUGAAAAGAAGGGAGAGAACGAGCAUGCAUUCAUGUGCCUCCCAACACCCCUGGGAGACAACUGGGGAAACUGAGGCAGGAAGGCUGCCCAGGGAGCAUCUGAGAAGGAGGCAAAAGCGUGGGAGGGCCAUUCCUGGCUAGCUUUCCUCCUCCUUGCAAGGCCUGGUGUGGAACAGGAGACGGGCCUGAGCUCAAAGCCAGCUCCGGACACUUCCUGGCUGUGUGGUCUGGGGAAAGUCACUGGGCCUGCAGGGCUGGGCUGCCCACAGCCCCGUCUGGCCUUUGGGUGUCCCCGGGCCCGCCCUGAGGCAGGCCUUCCUUAGAGGGAAGGGGACUCGCCUUUUGGGCAGACGGUGCAGCGCCCGCCUUCCCCGGAAGGGGGCGCCAGCUCUUCCGUCUUCACUGGGAAACUGGCCUUUAGGCAGCGGGAGCUCCCAGGCUCCCUCCACCAGCGGCUCGAGAACCCCGGACUGCCUCCUCCCCGCUGCUGGGCCCCAAAACGCUUCCAGGACUGCCCGCUGGUUGUAGGACCUGGACUGUGUCCGAGGAUCCCAAAGCACUUUCAGGGCCUGUCAUGGCUACUGUGGGACUCUGGACAGUUCCCUAUCCUCCCCUCCCCCCCAGGGCCGUGUCUGCCCAAGACUCUCGAUUCUCAGGACCGUCCGUCCCUUCGCCGGGUGCCCCACUCUCUCCCCUCAGAGUUAAACUGUGCCCCAGGCUUUCCGACUGUAAACCCAGGGGUUGGCCCCAUUCGCUGCACCACCCGUCUUCGAAUGGCAAUGGUCGCUAUGCGCGGAUAACCCGCAAAGGUUCGGCGGGUGGGCUGAGGCACACUCGGGCGCAUGCGCAGAAGUUUCCCCGACUCGGAGUCAAGGUAACGCGUCCUCUCCUCCCUCCCUGCCAGGGCCCCAAAUGAGCAUGUGCAUCCAGUGAGGUUCUGGUGGGCGGGGGAAGGUAGAAAAGAACAUCGGUGAUGUCAUUCCUCCUUUUAUUUCCCGCCCCCGCCUGCUGACGCAUGCGCGCCAGAAGGCCGCAGCCAACUGCCGCUUAGCCUUCUGGGAUAUGUAGUUUACGAAGAUCGUGGAAUGAGGCGGCUGAUACCAACCUACAUUUCUCGGAUGCCUCGGGGUGGCGGGGGAGAGCCCAGACAUGAUCUUCGCUAGUCGAGAUGGUAUCUUUAGCCCAUAUAGCUACCCAGCUCUUCCCAAAGUCGCAGGAAGACGCCAUUUCUCUACGGAGAGUGACGUAACACCCUGGAGUGGCAACUCCGCCCCGCGCCGGGGUCUCCACAGCAACCCUCCCCGCCUUCAGUUGGAGGUUCACCCCCAGAGCGCUGGGACAGCUGGGAAUGGAGGAAUGAGGGGGUCGUGUCUGAAUUUGCGCAUGCGCGGCCAAGCCUGGCGGCCGGCUCAGGAGUCUGCAGGGAGCCACGUCCAGAGGCGAGGCGAGGCCCCAGCAAACGGUGGGGAAGGGAAAUCUCGGGGGCUCUGGGGCCAACGGAAUGGAGACGGCGUCUCGCCCCAAAGCGCCCGGGAAGAGGCUGCUCGGCGGCCCCAAGCGAGACCGGAAAUCCAUCACCCUGCACGUUAAGUUGGAGGUGCUGAGGCGCUUCGAGGAGGGUGAGAAGCUCACCCAGAUCGCCAAGACCCUGGGGCUGGCCACGUCCACGGUGGCCUCCAUCCGAGUCAAUAAAGACAAGAUCAAGGCCAACUCUCAGGCAGCCACUCCCAUGAGCACCACCCAGCUGACCCGGUGCCGCGGCGUGGUCAUGGGCACCAUGGAGAGGCUGCUGAGCCUGUGGAUCGAAGACCAGAAGCAGCGGCGCCUGCCCGUCAACACCGUGCUCAUCCAGGAGAAGGCCAAGAGCCUAUUCGAGGACUUGAAGCAGAAGCACGGGGAGAGCGCCCAGACGGAGACCUUCGGCGCGAGCAACGGCUGGUUCGCCCGAUUCAAGGCACGGCACAACGUGCUCCUGACCGACGAGCCCGCCGUGGCUGACGCCGAGGCAGCCCGCAAGUACCCGGACGUGCUGCGGAAGAUCAUCGAGGAGGGGGGCUACACGCCCCAGCAGGUUUUCAACAUCGACGAGACGGGGCUCUUCUGGAAGCGUCUGCCCGAAAGGACGUGCGUGUCUCUGGAGGACAAAGUCGGGCCGGGGUUCAAGGCCUCCAAAGACCACCUGACCCUGCUCCUCGGAGGCAAUGCUGCUGGGGAUUGCAAACUGAAGCCUUUGCUCGUGUACCCUUCGGAGAAUCCCCGGGCUUUGAAGGGCUGUUCUAAGCCCAACCUGCCUGUGAUCUGGAGGUCCAACCGCAACGACUGGGUGACCAUGAGCAUCUUCCAGGAGUGGUUCACCCACUUCUUCUGCCCAGCCGUGGAGAGGCACUGUGCCGAAAACAAGCUCCCCAACAAGGCUCUGCUGAUCCUGGACAGCGCCCCGUGCCACCCCGUCUACUUGGAUGACCUCUCUGCCAGCGUCAGGGUGGCGUUUCUGCCCAAGAACACCUCGGCCUUGAUCCAGCCCAUGAACCAAGGCGUGAUCACCACCUUCAAGGCCUCUUACCUGAGGAGGACCCUGGGUCAGCUCAUUCAGGAGACCGACGGCGAAGAGAAGCCCACCGUCCGGGAGUUCUGGCGAAGCUACAACAUCAUGACCGCUGUGGACAACAUCGCCGAGGCCUGGCAGGAGCUCAAGCCGGCCACCAUGAAUGCGGUCUGGAAGAAGCUGUGGCCGGAGUGUGUCCUGGCCUCCUCAGAGGCCGAAGCCCUGCCACAGAUCCACCAGAACGCGGGGGCACUCGCUGACCACAGCACCUUCGACGAGGAGGCCGAGGAUGCUGUUGUCCGUUUGUUUCGGGCUCCAGGGCAGGGGCUGGUGCAGCUGGCCAGUGAGGUUGGCCUUGAGGAUGGGGCUCACUUACUCCACUCCCACAGGGAUGAGGAAGAGCUGCUGGCAAUGCCAGCCCCCGGAAUGGGGCGAGAGGAGCCCCCGGCUACCUCCCCGGAGCUAACCACAAAGCACCUGGCAGAAGCCCUCUCACACUUCGACAGGGGGCUGCAAAUCCUUACUGACAAUGACCCCGAUCGGGAGAGGAGCCUGCAGGCGUGUUGUGGGCUGAACAGUGUGAUCAGCUGCUAUCGGGAGCUGUACAAGGAGAGGAGGGAUGCCAAAUAGGGACGUUCUGAGCCCUCACUUCCUCUCUUCUCCCGCCUUUGUUCACUCCGUCACUGUGCGCUGCCUCAACCCCUUACCCACUUGGCAGAUGGUCUUGGAGGUCUGCCGCUCCUCUUGGGGGCGAUCCUGGUCAGUCAGUCCUCUGAGCCCUCCCUGAGGGAGGCUCUGCCCAGAGGAAGCCCGUGUGCCUGGCAGAUCAAUGCGAGUAGUGUUGGAAAUCUGCCUCAACCGGACCCGCGUGUCAGAAGCGAAGGGAGGACCAAGCAGCUGCCCUGGCCAGCGGGAGGGGAGGGAGCGGAGGGUGUCUGUCCAGGGGCCAUGACUACAAUUCUGUACACCAACCCAGACUUGGCUGUUAAGUAAAUAAAUUCCUGUUUGGUUGACAAA